CACUGGCAAGAAAGCCAAAAAGGUCGAGGGACGAAACAGCGGAAAGAGAAAAGGACGAGCUAAUAGAAAGAUUGUGUGUGUGGGGGAGACGAUGGAGAGGAGCACCCCAGUGAGGAAGUCUUACACCUCUACCGCCGAUCUCCUCACAUGGUCCGAGACGCCGUUGCCGGAUCCGGCCGGCGACGGCUCGACUCCGGCUGGCUCCCGUUCCGCUUCCCGUCCCCACAUGCCAUCGGGAGGAGUCGCUAAGGUGAUAUUUGGCGGGCAGGUGACUCCCGAAGAGGCUGAAAGCUUGUUAAACAGGAAACCAUGUUCAGGUUCAAAACUGAAGGAGAUGACUGGAAGUGGAAUCUUUUCUGCUGAAAAGGAUCUGCCAGAAUCAGGAAACAAUUCUGUAAAUUCUAGUAAUAAAACAGGUUUACGACUCUAUCAGCAAGCUGUCAACUCAAUCAGCCAGAUCUCAUUUAGUGCUGAUGGAAGUGUGUCUCCCAAGAAGCCAACAUCUCUUACUGAGGUGGCAAAGCAAAGGGAACUUAGCGGGACUUUAGAGACCGAGUCCGAUGCUAAGAAGAAGCAACUGUCUGAUGCGAAAACACGAGAAUUGAGUGGACAUGACAUUUUUGGACCGCCCUCACAGAUCCCACCCAGACCAUUGGCUGCACGUUCUCUAGGUCUGAAGGAAACCAAUGACAUCCCUGAACCAGCUCCAAGACAUCUCCGAACUUCUGUUAAAGUAUCAAAUCCUGCAGGAGGUCACACCAAUUUUAUGUUUACUGAAGAGAAUGUAGUGAAGACGACUAAAAAAAUUCACAAUCAGAAAGCAGCAGAGUUGACAGGAAAUAACAUUUUCAAAGGGGAAGACGCCCCUCCAUCUGCUGAGAAGCCACUUAGUUCAGCUAAACUGAGGGAAAUGAGUGGAAAUGAUAUAUUUGCCGAUGGAAAAGCAGCUUCCAGAGAGCACUUCGGUGGUGUCCGCAAGCCCCCAGGUGGUGAGAGCAGCAUUGCCUUGGUUUGAGUUGGUAAAUCAGCUAUCCACGUCAAUAGUUUGAUGCAAGAUCACAUAUAGAUCGACUGGCUUCUACACGCUCUAGCUUUUGAUGUUCUGGACAGGUUGUGUGUGUGUGGCUUCUACACACUCUAGCUUUAGAUUCAUGCUUGCGCAGAUAUUGGUCCUUUUCUAGUUAGAUUACCUCUGACGGUCGUCUGUAAAACUGCGGACUACUCUAACUGUUUAUGAACUGGCAUCGCCUUCAUGGAUAACUUAAUUGGAAAGAAUAUGCUUAUUCUGUGGAGAA